AGAAUUCAGUGUAAACGUAGCGUCAAGUCUUUAAUCCGUCUAAUGUAUAUACAAGAGGGUCUUCAUUAUCGUGCUUUGGAAUUUUAUAAUUAUGUUGUUAAUUCAACGCAUAUGAAUAUUGCACCCAAUGUGCUGAGUUUUAAUUUGGUUAUCAAGGCUAUGUGUAAGUUGGGUUUGGUUGACAAUGCAAUUGAGGUGUUCAGAGAAAUGCCAAUUAGGAAAUGUGAGCCUGAUGUGUAUACCUACUGUACAUUGAUGGAUGGUCUGUGCAAGGAGGAUAGGAUUGAUGAGGCAGUUUUGCUGUUGGACGAGAUGCAAAUUGAGGGUUGUUUUCCGAGCCUAGUCACCUUUAAUGUUUUAAUUGAUGGAUUGUGUAAGAAGGGUGACUUAGCUCGUGCAGCCAAACUUGUUGAUAACAUGUUUUUGAAAGGAUGUGUUCCAAAUGAAGUAACUUAUAACAUACUCUUACAUGGAUUGUGUCUCAAGGGGAAGUUGGAUAAGGCCAUUGAUAUUUUGGGUCGAAUGGUAUCAAAUAAAUGCAUGCCGAAUGAUGUCACAUUCUCAACGAUUAUCAAUGGAUUUGUUAAGCAUGGAAGAGCUGCAGAGGGGGCUUCUGUGUUAAUUUCCAUGGAGGAAAGAGGAUAUCAUGUGAACCAUUACAUUUAUUCUUCUCUUCUAAGUGGAUUGUUCAAGGAGGGCAAGUCUGAAGAUGCUAUGAAACUCUGGAAGGAGAUGAUGGAAAAGGGAUGUGAACCCAACGUAGUCGUUUAUAGUGCUCUAAUAGAUGGCUUAUGCCAAGGAGGUAAACUGGAUGAGGCUGAGUUAAUUCUUCUUGAGAUGGUAGAUAAGGGUUGCGUGCCUAAUGCUUAUACCUAUAGCUCCUUGAUAAAAGGUUUCUUCAAGGUUGGUAGUAGCCAGAAGGCAAUUCAGGUGUGGAAAGAGAUGGCAAAAAAUAAUUCUGUUUUCAAUGAAUUCUGCUAUAGUGUUCUCAUCCAUGGUCUUUGUGAGGUUGGGGAGCUCAACGAGGCUACCAUGGUGUGGUCACACAUGUUAGGCAAUGGAUGUAAGCCUGAUGUUGUGGCCUACAGUUCUAUGAUUAAUGGACUUUGCAAUGUUGGUUCUAUAGAAGAGGCUUUAAAACUUUUAAAUGAGAUGCUUUGUCAGGGGCCUGAAUCUCAGCCUGAUGUCAUUACUUAUAAUAUACUAUUCAAUGCUUUGUGCAAAAAGAAUAGAAUCUCCCAUGCUGUUGAUCUCUUGAAUAGCAUGUUAGACAGAGCGUGUGAUCCGGAUAUAGUAACAUGCAACAUUUUCUUGAGCACUCUGGUAGAGAAGCUAGAUCCACCUCAAGAUGGCAGGGACUUUCUAGAUGAGCUUGUUGUCCGCUUGGCACUUGAAAUGACUAUCAGGAGUGUUGCAUUAAUUGGUGUUCCAGUCCUUGGAUGGACCAAGGCAAACCAUGGUGGGAUCAUGUGGGCUCGUGCAAUGUGA